AUGCGACGUUUCGUCCAGGCGUUUGGUCUCAAGCGCGACAAACAUGAAAACCCUUCCGCCUCAAAGGGCUCCCUCAAGUCCCUCGCCCUCCCUUUUCUCCCUUCCUCGUCGCCGCCAACGCCCGUCCCACUCCAGUCCUCGCUGUCUCACCCGGUCCACAGCCCAACUUCGUCCUCGUUCUCAACGCCACACCUCAGUUCGGCAAGCUCAGACCCAUCCUCCCACUCUUCAGGCUCGUCCAGUGGCUCCGCAAGUCUCAGCAUCCAGACUCCAGACGACGACCACAGUCCUCCCGCCCCUCUCGCUCGCUCCCAGACUAAGCGCUCGUGGAAAGCCUGGAUAGGAGGAAGGCGGUCGGCCUCGUUGAAACAUCGUGAUCGCAAGGACAAGGACACCGUCGACGACCACAAGCUGCCUGAUUGGGACCCGCUCUCCCUCCCAGUCCCACCAUCACUGCUACACCCGACAUUCCAGUCGUCAAGUCUCACGGACGUCACGGACGACGAAAUGCACAUUUCCUCCGUUUCCGAUUUCGACCCUUCGUCCCGACACCGCUCAGCAGCUUCAGCCACCUAUCCUAUACCCUCUCCGUCCCCUUUGGCAGCCAAGCACAAUCUGCGCAUCUCCAUCAAGAACAGCCUGGUCACAUCGACCCAUGGAGGUCCCUUCAUCCAGCCUGCCACCGGUCCCAUCUACCCCCGGUCAUGCAACCGAAGUCGGCUCCUGACCGGACGACGACAGUCAUUGCAUUCUGUCAUGCUGAAGAAGCGACUUCUCAGGCGCAUCGAUGAUCACAUACAGGGUCUAACUCCCCUCGAAGAGGCCUCGAUCCUUCCAUUUGGCUCCAAGCCAACCCCUGUCGAACUCGUCACACCUUCAGUCAGCGAAUACAAUGAUUGCUAUCCUGACAAAACCGCCUCGAUCCUUUCGUCCUGUCCUGGUCUCAGGCAAUGGAUCUGCCGGCCUUGCUUCGAGGACAGGUUCGUCAUUUACUUGGCGGCUGAUGGAGGUGAAAUACUUUGCAAACCGGUCUCGAGUUCAUAUGCCGUUGCUGCCUUGGAAUAUUCUGAGGUUCUCGACGUGAUGGUUGAUCCAGAUUUUGAGUUGCCUUCCGACAAGGAGACCAUAUCCGAUCCACCUUCGCCUCCUCCUGAGCCAAUUUCGACCAUCAAGGACACUCCCUCCGUACCUUCGCUUCAAGUGGUACCAAACCCAUCCUUUAACCCACGCCGACACUCUCACACCACUAUCCCUUCGCCUCUCCGCAUUGAACACAGCUUGUCCGACCCUGUCAUGCCCUCCACUGGGACUUCGAAACAACUCGACCAACCCCAGCAAGAAACCGCUGCGAAGAAAUUGACUGUGGGAGUGACGCCUGUCAAACGCGUUGUCCGUUUCGUUGAGGAUGAUGAUGACGACGGUGUGCCGCUUCAUCUGCUCCGGAUGAAGAAGAAGCGAGAAGAACGGUCCAAAUUCCUACGUCAAGAACGCCAGCGACGAAUGCGGGAGGCUUUGGAGCAACAGCAGAGGAGAGAGGCAGAGGCACGGGAGGCACGAGAAAGGGAGCAGAAGAGGCUUGCAAAGGAGAAGGAACGCAAGGAACGUGAACAGCGGUUAUAUGCUGACCAGAUCGCUGCCUCGCGGCAACGAAGUGAACAAGCAAGGGCAGGUGCUUAUGCCUUGAGUUCUAGCAGCUCCAGCAGUCUACUGGUUUCACCGCUCGCCACUUCUGCCAAUCCAGAACGUAAUAGCCCGCGAACCAUGCCAUCGUCCUAUUCGUCUCCGCGGAGAGAGCCUUCGGAGUUCGGGGUUCAUGGUUCCUCGUCCGGAGGCUCCCGUCCUUCAUCCCGCCCCGCCUCCACGUAUUCGGUAUCCUCGGAGGAGGCCCGCUCUCCUGGCAGUCGGCGCAAUUCCCUUACACCGUCGAUGAACGGCUCAAUGAGGGGAAUGUCUCACCCAUACCCGACAUGGUCGGGCAGCAGCCAGAGCCUAAGCAGCGUGCCAGUUAUGCCACAACUGGCUGCGUUCGCCGCUGCCAACAACGACAUGCCACUUCUCCCCCCUACAGCACCUUUCAUGAAGCAAUACUCAAACCGACAAUCCUCUCCGGGGCCCGACUCUCGCCGCGGGGCAUCGAGCUCCAGCGAACGUCGUCAAUCAUCUGGGUCCCUCAACUCGCUGGCACAGUCACACCGCAAUCAUUCCAGCACGUCUUUGCGUCGAGAGUCUGCCAACCCUGCCUCCCCCACUCCCAGCUCCCCUCAGCGUUCUGAUUUCCGCCCCUCGAACCAUGUUCGACAAGGCAGUGGGGACUCGCGGAACAGCAAAAGGUCUUCGACAUCACAGUUACGACCAAAGCCCGCACAAUCCCAUUCGGCACCCUCUGUCAAUCGAGGGCGUCCUGCUAUCUCCUCGUUCCAUACGAACGCCUAUUCUCCUGGAUCGAGUCCGUGGACGGCACUACCUUCACGCAGCGGCACGAUACCUACAGCCAUGCCCGUGUCUCCAUACUCGCACAGCUCCAACAGGUCAAGCACAAUGGGCGGGUUUGGUCCCAUGGGGCAUGACUGGCGGUCGACGUUGAUUUCAUAG